CUAAAACUUCUACUGACAACGAGAUGCACUCACAACCCAGAUAAAAGCAAAUUUCAGAAGAUCAGUCAAACAAAGCAAGAACUUCGUCAAGGUUAGCCGCACUUGCGUAACAAAGCCCUGUUCAUCAUAAAAACGGGAGAUGGAAUAAUGGAGUUACAGAGAUAGAAUCUGGAGUUAGAGAUGGACGCUGCCCAUUAUGUUUCGUUUGAAUACUCUGAGCAAAGAGAAUGGAAACCUUCGCGCGCUUCCUCCAGUAUUUUACGUUGAAAUUAUGACACAAUGUUGCCUUCAGAGCAUUUCAAGAUGAAGGCGUUUCCCCGAAGACCAUCUGCAAUGGACGCUAGAAGGCAACGAUCGCCUUUCGACGUCGCUGCCUGCAGAAAUCUGGUCUCCAUCCUUGCGAUCACGACGACCGUAAGCCCAUCAUCACUACUCUUCGUUAGCGCCGGUGCCUCUGGCGUGGUCACGGUACGACAUUACACCGGUACCGGAGGUUGCGAUAGGCAGAAUGAGCUUAAUCCAGACGACUACCUAAAAUGGAAGACGUGGCUCAUGAAAGAAUGCGUUUCAUUAUGGUGGCUGUGUCGGUUUGGGUUCAUCUUGUAGGUUCGUGUACAACAUGGAGUACUGCAAAAAGUCAUCUAUUUCUUGUUCUUCAUGUUGUUCGUUAUUGUGAUCUCUAUUUUCUUCUGGUGCAUAUUUUAAUUCUUGAUAUAAUUUAUAGUAGUUCAAGGACAUUAGUAUUCCUCAUUUCUAGCACUGUUCUCUCCGCUUCAAAGCUUAUUAGUUCAAUGACAUCGACGGACAUAGGACAUAGUUGUUCUUCCUGCGUUUAGUACGAUUCUAAUCCCUUGGCGCGAAAACUUAGAUGGUCAGAUUUUUGACCGCGAGCCUGGAACAACUGCAGCUCCCGAAACGAUGGCUGAACAGGAAGCGGUAGACGACUUCAAAAGCACCAAGCUGACCUCCUCUUUCCGGAUAUUGGAGUGUAACACUGAUGCUGACGUAGUACGCUUCCAACUGUGGAGAGGGCAGAAGAAAUGCAGCUUCAAUUAUGUUGCCAAGUGGUGAUUUACUAAGCCAUCUCCUCAUAAAAUAUAUAAAAAUAAUAUGUUGGCCCCUGCGGACCUUGAUUUAGUGAAUGUGGACCUACUUAUCUUCAUGUGCAACCAUCCUGAUACAACUUAUUUAUUCUAUCUCUAACCCUCAGCCAUCAACGAAUUCAACGACAUGCCGUAUCAGACGUUCUCGGUGAAGCCAGGAGCCUGCUUCACACCACCUAUGACGCAGACUGGGAACAAGGCGGUUCUCCCAGACUAUCAACCCAACAGUCACAGAUUCGAAUGCUACGAUGGUGAGGAGAUGCCGCUAGUGCUGAUAGUGAUUUUGUGUGCUAGUGCGGGAGUGGGGGGAUUGUUUUAUGCUUCGUGGAGACAACUGACACUCAUCUUACUCUCUGAAUAUCAAGGAUGAUUUUGAUUUAUCGAAGUCCUGCUGAGACUGUACUUCUGGAAAUUUUAAGAUUGAGUUUCUGAAUUCUAUAAAACAAGUGAUCUGGAUGAAAUCGAAUUUCUGAUCAUGCUAUGUUGUGAAACUACGCCUCUAACUCGCAAUCUGUUGUUACUUCACACUUGGAGCCGAGCCUAUGCCCGUAGAUUGGGAGCGAAAGAAGGCGUUGGAGCAAGAACCACUAUCGCCAGAGGAGAGGCGGCGUGCGCCUGGAGCAAGUCCGAUUGACAUUCUGGAGAAUUUGAAGGAAAGACAGAGGGUAAUAGAAUGCUCUUAGUACUAGUUUACGUUUUCUUUAUAACAUUUCUCUUCUUAACUUCAUUUCAGUUCUUUUAUAUUUACUUCUACAUAGUAGAUUACUUACAUUCAGUUCGUUGAGAACGUAAAUCGUAGUUUCUUGAAUUCUAAGGCCAAUGAGAUCGUUGAGAACGCGACUCGACAUCGUAAGUGAUCCGCUCGUACCAUCAAUAACUGCCAAGAACAAUGAUCCAAGUCUCCCUACGCGAUGCUUAGCACUGUACCAUGCCCAUUUGACUUUCCCUAUCCUUUCUCAGAAAGCUGGCCGUCGCGACAUCAAGACCCUACUGGGUUAUGAGACUGUUCGUGACUACAAUGAGCGUAUGAAUCGCAUGGUGCGGACGACGCUUAUUGGCUUCACAGAUUUUUGGAGAAGACCAGCUAGACGAAACGACAACUCUUCUAGAAAUAAUCUGGUCGAGGGGUUCGAGAAUGCAUUUUAUGGUUUUUGUUAAACUCUGUAACGUAAAUGUUCUCAGUAAUAUUGCCGUCUCACUGUACCAGCGCAUAGUAUCAUUCUGCCAUUCCUUUUUUCAUACUGCAGAAUCCUUCAGACACAGCAUUGGUAUGAGUCCGGGAACGAAACUGAAGAAAGCGCUCGAUUUUGACGACGUUGAUGCCGACCAACCUCCGAUGAAACGACCAAGUCUGAAAGACUUUUCUGACAUGUCACCUGAGAAACUAGUGGAAAAAGUGCAGAACGAGAAGAAGCAACGCGACUCCGAAAGAAAGAAGAGGGGUUUCUUUGGCGGAAAUAGUCCCAAUAAGCUGAAUUUUGACGCCGUUGAGGAUUUUCGAACAAUAGCUUCAACUUCUCCUGGAAAGGGAUCACUAGAUAAACCGGCUGGUCAAGAAAAUGAGAAGAAUACAAGGAAAUCAUCUAUUCGCAAUUUGAGCAAAGUCGCACCCGCGUCGUCCACCGCGCCUCCACAGUCACCUAUUCAACCUGCUAACGACGUUGCGAGGUCACUUUUCCCGCAUGAAGAAGAACCGAGCUUAGACCAGUUGGGUGAUAGACCUUUGAAUCGAGCGCUGACGUUUGAUAGGAGUAUCGAUUCUCUACGAUCUUCAGCUUCGUCUGAGGCAAACAAGAUGUUAAGGCUCCAAAAAUUGACUGCUCUGACUCUGAGUGUCUGACUCGGCUUCAUUUGCAUCUAACUAAGUUGUGACAUUUUCAUUCGCUUCUACGAUUUUCUUUUUCUUCUACGAUCAAGAUCAUAGAUAGUGAAUGAAAUGCAUCUCCAUCUUCUCGCUUGCAACUUCAUCAUUUCCACUUUCUUCUAAAAUUACAACCAAACCACGACGAGGAAGGCGGACAUCAUAGCGCUGCGCCUCAUGCUUCAUCAAGUGCCGAGUCAUCAGCGGAUGAAAAGAUUGGGAGAAUGAAAAGGGAUAUAUUGGGCAAAAACGACCAAGUAAAUGCUGAGGAAGAUUUGGUUGAUAUAGACGCUCAUUUCUUGUCAACAUCCUCAGUUUCGAGCUACAAUGGAGGGUGGCGAGCAGGGUCCUCCGGAAUUGGAGGUGGAUUAGGUGGUAAAGGUACUAAACCUUUCGGAAAUAAAGAUGAGACUGAUGGCGACGAACUACCACCAUCCUUUGAUUACAACACUAGCUUGACGAAGCUGCGUGAAGAGUUAGUAGUUGCUUCAACGCCAGCAGGACCUCCGUCGAAUGACCCGGGUGCGAAUCCGCUCGCUUGGAGUCAUUCUUCUGCCUCGAGUGCGUCUUCACAACCUGUGAGGAAGAGCAAAUUCAUGAACAUCAAUGAUUACUACGAGAAAGAACCAGAAAGUGGUGGCGGGGAUGGAGAGGAGGUAGCAGAUAGUGGCGAGGCAGGAGGAGCAGGCAACGCUGUGCCAGGGAAUGACAAUGUAAAUGGCAAGUCGACUAAAACAUUCCAAAUUCCGUCUUCAUCUAGUAGCACAAGCAAGAAGGGUGCUGACGAACAUCUUCCGCAAGGCCUCCCCAUAGGGCGAAAUGUUUCUAGUGCUUCCAUAAUAGCAGCUGCGAAGCAUCCCUUCUCCGCAGUACAAGGCCUGUUCAGACAUCCAGAACCUCAGCAACUACUCGGAGGCGAUCAGGUAAGUCCAAUGAAAGCGCAGUUGGACAGGAUGAGAGAAGUUAGGAACCUAGCGAAGAACCCAGCCUUAGCAGGGAAGCGACAGGUCUCCAUGGAUGUCAAUCAGAUGACGGAAGAAGAAAGAUAUCUGGCAUCCUUCUUCGAGAAAGACGCUUAUAACGUGAGUGGCACCAUGACGUCGGAGGCUGAUAAUCGAACAGACGUCGUACAAGCAGGGAUGCAUGGAGUGUACUUAUCGUAGGGGACUUCGAUUUUUUCCGUGGUUCUCUGAUAAAUGUAACUAAGUAGGCACUGUAGCGUUGUGUAAUAAUUAUUACACGACGGCACUCGCAAAAACAUCACUCGAUCGCUACUUCUGCAGUUGACUUUUAUGCAUAAGCGUGAUCACCACCACCACCACCAUCACCACCCUCUUCAGAUACAAAUACACCGAGGACGCCAAUAAGCGUGGGUCUUUGGCGAGAAAAGUGGCCGCUCAGCGUGACCUGCCACCUCAGAACGUUAGGAUACGGCAUCGCUAUGGAGCCGACGCACGCGCAGAGGAACAAGCCGCUGCUGAGAAAGCUGAAGAUGUUUGGCAGCGUGUUGAGUCGACCAAGAAGAAAGGUCAGUUCUUCUGGCGCAAUCGGCUGACAGGUAUGGCUGUGUGGAGAAAUCCAUCUAAGGAGCAAGAUAGUACAACUACAAAGGGUCAAGCUUCUAGUAGCGCAUCUGAGGUAGAAGAACAUCGCCAAAGCGGAGCGCAGGGGCAGGAGUUGAGAAUACAUGUUAGAGAUGAUCCUCCUUUUCUUCCUGCAAAAAGCUAUAGAAGGAAAAAAUAUUCUGACGCGAUUGAAGCAGGAGGUCAAGGCAACGCUGGAGCAGGUGUCGCGGCAGCAGCGGAUGUUGAAAACGCCUUAUCACUUCUUGAUGAUGCGUCGGAAUUUAGUGAGACGGCUUAGCUUUUGUUUCGAUUCAUUUUGAUAGACUCACACUUAGUCUUAGAUGUCCUAGUCCUUUGUAUGUAAUGAAUUUAGACACUUUGAACACUUGAACACUUGAACUUUUGGUUCUCUAAAUAAAGAGUCACCUUGUUUUGCUUUUACCACAUUUGAAUCAAACUCAUGUACAGACUGUUUGACCAGAACAAACAAUUGAAACACAGACACAGAAUAGACAGAAUACCUCCACUACUUACAAUAAACCGAUUUGAUCACAACGUUAAACAUCUUCAAAAAACGACCUUGACGAAAACUGAAUGAAAUUAGCUCACGAUUAGCCAUCUUGAAGACGACAGAUUUGAGUUGAUUGACUCUCUCACUUGCUUUGGAGGACACUUAAAGAUCACUUGGUGGCCAUUUGACAGAUCGUUUCUAGUGGAAAAGUUUUUUUCAGCACAGAAAUGAAAAAACGAUUGAUUAAGAUAUGAAAUUGACGCAGC